ACCAGCACCACAAUAUCACAUCUCAAUCGUGCGUGCAACUGUUGCCUUCUUGAGCUAUGGCGGACUCGCAAUGGUGGUCCAAAGAUACAAUUGCGGUGGUGACUGGGAGCAACAAGGGGCUCGGAUUUGCCAUUGCUCAAGGCCUGGCCCUCAAGGGAGUGACUACAAUCCUGACAUCCAGAGACGAGCAAAGGGGAUUGGCGGCUCUAAAUUCUCUCAAGAAGGAUCAAAAGAUCAAUCCGGAAACGCUUCACUUCCAUGUCUUGGACGUGAGAAGCCCGUCAUCCAUCCAAAACUUUGCUAAAUGGAUCGAAACUAAGUUCAAUGGCGUUGACAUAUUGGUUAACAAUGCUGGAAUCUCAAGAAAUGAUCACUUGGGAAAUCCAACAGUGGAGAGUUCCAAGGAUGUUAUCAGCACGAACUACUACGGAACGAGGAUGGUGAUCGAGUGCUUGCUCCCUCUCUUAAGAUCACAAUCUCCCCAUGGGUCUCGCAUCAUCAAUGUGAGUUCAGCAACAAGCCGAAUGGAUGCUCUUCGAAACCAAGCCGUGGUACAAAAGAUUUCUAACAUUGACAAGCUCUCAGUCGAAACUUUGGACGAAGUGGCAGAGGAGUUCAUCGAGGACGUGGAGAAUUGCAUGCCUUAUCUGGCAUUGAAAAUGCUUGACCUCUGUAUUUUCCAGACAUAUCAGCAUAAACACUGCGUGAAAUGUGUCCAGCUUCUUGAAAUUGGGACGCUUGCUACUGCGAACCAGUGCCCACAGAAGUGCGCCAGAGAUUUGUUGCAAUGUGGCAGAAAAACAUUGGAGAUUAAACAAGUGGUAGAGAGAGACAUUAGAUCUAAGCUCAAAAUGCUUCUCCUUCGCAAAGGAGGCACUGGGGCGCACAAGAGGGCUCACCACCUUCACCGCCCGCGAGACGACUCGAAGGCAGGCCAGGCAGUUCCCCACCAGCUCCGCAGUGCAUCAGCCUGA